AUGUGUAACCACGUUUUGAUUCAGAUGGUUUCGAUCAAGGAAAUCCGCAAUAAGCACACUGGUUUAUCUGAAGGCUAUGGCUUUGUGGAGUUUCUUUCGCACGAUGUGGCUGAUAACGUUUUGAAGAAGUUUAAUGGAACAUAUAUGCCGAAUACAGAUAUGCCUUUCCGUUUAAAUUGGGCCAAUGCCUUUGAUUCUCUAUUCUACAACACCUUCUCAGAGAUCUAUCUUUCGGUUAAAGCUGCAACAGCUGUCAUAGAUGCAUAUACUGAUAGAUCAAAGGGUUUUGGUUUUGUGAGGUUUGGAGAUUUGAGAAAGAUGAAUCCCGAGCUGCUCUCGAUUCCGUCCUCAUUUGUGGGUGGUCGUCCAAGGCCGCGUCGUCCUUUUACCGAUCCUUUCUCAUUCCCCGUUCCUUCUUGGGGAGACGUUCCAGAGGCUGUUAGUGAAGCGGUUCCGAUGGCGCCCCUGAGAAGGCUCCGUUCUUGUUUUUCGACGACGGUCCCCGUUCUGAGAUCCGAGAGGGGGACCAGGCUAACAUGA